AUGGAUAACUUAAACGCCCUUACAGACACAACACUAACUAUUAUGUCGUACAAUGUCCAAAUGAUACCCGUUCCUUUGAGCAAUCAGCUAAAUUUAUCAACUAGACAAGAUGCCGUAAUUGACUACAUAUGCUCCCUGGACGAUCUGCAUAACAUAGAUAUCCUUGUUCUGAACGAAGUGUUCACGAGUAAGUGUUAUGACGUGCUUACCAAGGGAAAGGUGAAGGAUAAAUUUCCAUACCAUACUAAUGUGAUUGGCACCAAGUGUGAGGUGUCUGGGGAGUGCAGCAGCUCCAUCGUGCAGAUCAAGAAAGACGCAAGGGCGGGGACCAGUACCAAUGGGAAGACUUCAAAGAAGAAGGCAACCGGCGGGAAGGCCCCGGCCCCGAGUGACCUGAACAGGAAGAUCGUCAGAACGAAGACGGCGCCUCCCAAAGCGGCUCCUUCCAAAACGGCUCCUUCCAAAGCGGCGCCUCCCAAAGCGGCGCCUCCCAAAGCGGCACCUUCGAAAGUAACCACAUUAAGAGUAGCCACUUCAAGAGAAGCCACCCCAAGAGCAACCACCGCCAGGGGGGAGGAAGCGUCGACCCUUAGCUCAAGUGACACAAACAAUAACGACCAGGAGGAAGUGGAGGAGACGCUAAACCUGGAUUCCAGCGACACGAGCAAUAUGGGAGAUUCGGAGUGCAUCCUAUCGUUCAACUGUGGCCCUGAAAGGGGAGACAAAAUAAAAGGAAAGCGAAGCAGUCAAAAUUAUAAGGCGGUGGCGAAUAGCAAGGGAAAACGCAACGGGAAACGCAACGGGAGACGCAGCGGGGGGGGGGAUGACGACACCAAAACGGACAGUAUCAGCAGCGACAAAAAAGCACAGUACAGUGAAACGGACGACGGAAUGGAGAUCCCGGAGAAAAGGCAGUAUCUGAGGGUGAAUAGCAGGGGGGCGGCUGGCGUAGACAAGCUGAAGGACAAGUCGUAUAAUCUGCGAAGCAACCAGUUGAACAGUCAACGAAGUGAUAAGGCUGGAAGUUCCAAACGUGUCACGAAAACUUCCAGUAGCGCCAAAGGGGCGAGUAAGAAGGAUGGUCCCGGGAAGGACCCAAAUGAGAACGUAGAUGGGUGCACUAAGGAGAGCAGGAGUAGGAGGAACACAACCGACUUAGAGAACAGCAACGGGGAUGGUAAGGUGAGCACACAGAGUAGUUACCGCUCAGUUGGUGAGAUGAGCACACAGAGUAGUUACGGCGCAGAUGACAAGGUGAACACACAGAGUAGUUACGGCGCAGAUGACAAGGUGAACACACCAAGUAGUAACAACGCGGAGGGAGCCCUCACAAACACGAUCUGCGAUAUCGCCAGCGAGGUAAAAGGGAGCAUCCCUAACAAUGUGAGCAGUGCAGAAAAUUUGAAAGAGAAAAAGUGCGAAGGUGUAAUCGUAUUGUCCAAGCACGCUUUUAUUCACAAACAUGCCUUGAUAUAUAAUAACUGUAAAUUUCCGGACAUGUUUUGUAAAAAGGGUGCUAUUUACUUAAAAUGCAAUAUUAAUAACAAAGCAGUGAAUGUGAUAGCGACUCACUUGCAAGCAGGAGAUACACGUGAGCAGCAGAAUUGUAGAUGGAAGCAACUGAAAGAAUUGAGCAACUGGGUAUAUAAUGGCACUCCAAGUUUACAUAUAAAAAAAAAUGAGCCCCUUUUUUUUGUUGGCGAUUUUAAUAUUAGGUAUCACAUAGAUAAAUCAUUUUUUGAUAAAGUACUUUCCAGUGGUUGCUUAAACAGCUCGGUGACAAAGAAGGCACUCGAUACGACCUACGAUUCUUACCUGAACGACUACUGCAUGCAUAUGGAGCAUGAUUACUCCUUUAAAUAUAACUACACGUUAGACUACAUAUUGGUAAAUAACGACUCCGAUGUGAAGACUCUCGUACCACAGACAGCCAUUCAGAAGGACUACAGGCCAAUUCAGAUUAUAAAAUCGUUGCUCGGCUUUAUUCCUUACAAAUAUACUUAUAUUCAUCACCCCAGUGACCACUUCCCGAUAUAUGCCACUUUCAAGAUUCCGGAUUAG